AUGGAAACCAUAUUCGAAUCUGUAGAGCCUGAGACACCCGUCGCAAGCGAUCUGAGGGAAAAGGUACUAAAGCUGGUCGAUGCAGGUGAAAUUAAGUACACCUCAAAAUAUAUCAAAAAAGCAUCCGAAAGAACGUUGGAAAAUAUAUACAAAGACUACAAAAGACAACGUCUGGAGAACACAAACAGCCAACUAGCCGAUGUUAUCAUCACCAAGUUCUCCGAACUCAUGGAAGCGCUGGACGCUGUUAAGGAUGCCGAAGGAAUGAAAAAAGAACUCGAGGAAAACGAUCUGCUCAGAAAAGACAUUAAAAACCUCGUCGGUUACGUAACACCAUACAUCUCACUCACUGGAAUACUAAGUGGUGGAAUCACCGUCGAAAAACACGUGAUCAGUACAAAAGCAGGUUGCCAGGAAAAGGAGGAAUAA